AUGUCUUGUUUAAACGGUCCGGUGAGGCAAUACUACAGCCCCAAAUCCGUGACAAUGGAUAUGCCCAAAAAACACCGAAUACAAUUGGUGGCCGUUGCGGCAAUAGCAUUGGGCCUACGGCUGUACAACAUCGGCUCUCCUCAGGUCCUGGUUCCCGAGGAAUCCAAAAUUCACGACUCCGUGUCAAAUUACCUGUCGGGCAGUUUUUACCUCGCUCCUGACCCACCGCUUCCAGGCCUCAUAUACGCGGCUAUUGUGUUUCUUGGAGGUGGAAGUGUAUCAUGGUCUCUUCUUCGAUCGCUGAGCGCACUUUUCGGAACAGCUACCGUGCUCCUCACGUACAAAACUUUGCAAGCGUGUCGGGUCAGCCACAAGAUCGCACUUUCUGGCGCUCUUUUGGUGGCCUUCGACAACUCGUUUGUGCAGGAGUCCAGACUGGCCACUGGGGUCUCACCAACGCUGUUUUUCUUCAGUCAGGCAAUAGCCCUAACCAAGACGCUGGACGGGAAGCCUAGCAAAAAACGCAAAGUUGCAGCACUUUUGGGCAGCUCGAUUGCACUAGGAUGUCUGGUGGCCUCCAACUGGAUAGGACUGGCCACCGCUGCGUGGAUGGCGGUGGUUUUUGCCAGAAGUAUAUGGCUUGAGGUUGGUGAUCUCACCAUAAAGCCAAGAACUAUAGUCAAGAACGCACUGAUCAGAACUAAGCUCUGGCUUAUAAUUCCAGUGUUGAUCUAUGUUUCUGUGUUUGCAGUGCAUUUGCGAUUGCUUCCAAACCCCGGCCCGGGGACUUUAUCGCUAUCGCCUCACUUCCAGCACCUCCUCAAUUCAUCUCCGCCCCGCAUCGCGGACAUUUCCUACGGCUCCUCAGUCUCGCUGCGCAGUUUCUACACGGGCAAAUAUCUGCACUCUGAGAGCAGCAACUACCCGAAAUCGGGCAACCAGCGGGUCACUGCCUCACAAACCGACUCUGACGAAAACCUGUGGUUUGUCGAGCAGCGAGUGAAAGCCAGCAUGGGCGAGCUGGUGCGCAAAGCCAAAUUCAUUGAAACAGGCAGGCAGAUCCGCCUGUUCCACAACGCUACCCAAAGAUAUCUAUACAUCAACGCAAAUGAAAAGCCGCCGCUUUCAGAGACAGACUACAACAAAGAAGUCGGCGCCAUUGGCAACCUGUCGUGGACCGGAGAAAACUGGCUCAACUUUGAGCUCCGUCCAGCGGUCGAGUAUUCCACAGAGCUCGGUUCGAAGCGGUUUAGAGCGGUCGAGUCCGUGUUCCAGAUAUUUAACGUGAAAAAUAAGUGUUUUGUGAUGGCCACCGAGAACGCAUUGCCCAAAUGGGCAGAAGGACACGACGAAGUCAUCUGUAUCGAGAAGCCAAAUUAUAUACGGUCUCUGUGGUACUUUGACAGAAACAUCCAUCCAAAACUGGAAGGAACGCCCGUGGAGUAUAAGAACCUCACAUUCUGGAACAAGCUGGAGGAAGUACACAUGCACAUGAGACGACUCAAGGCAAAACUGCCAAAAUGGCAGCUCCAGGACCUGAAACCGCUGCAAUGGCCGUUUUUGGAAACGAAAACUCUUCUCUGGAAAGACGGCAACGAAGAGAUCUGGUCUACAGGCAACCCAGUGGUUUACUGGCCUGCGAUAAUGGUUGUUAUCGGCUUUGCCAUUUUCAAGUUACUGCAAUUGGUCACCAUCAAUCCAUACAAGCCUGCAAAAUGGCUACCGGAUGCCAUCGAAUUCGACCAUCAUGCCACGGAUUUCCUGUUUGGCUUUGUGAUCCACUUUGCUCCCUUCUUGAUGUCGCGCCACAAAUGCGGCCCGGAAAACUAUCUUUUUGCGCUGUAUUUUGGACUCCUGCUCUUUUGCCAGUGGCUCAAUUAUCUUCAGGUGGACAGUUCACUCGCCGUGCUGAUUUCGUGUCUAGUGAUUGCAUAUAGAUCUUUGUAA